AUGGCUGCCUUGCCGCUGCCCUUCAUCUCGGCUCGCGCGGCAGAGGUCACAGUCACUCUUCUGACAGGCACCUCGCCCCUGCUGGCUGUGUCACGCGCGGCAGAGGUCACAGUCACUCUUCUGGCAGGCGCCCCGCCCUUGCUGGCUGUGUCACGCGCGGCAGAGGUCAUUGUCACUCUUCUGACAGGCACCUCGCCCCUGCUGGCUGUGUCACGCGCGGCAGAGGUCAUUGUCACUCUUCUGACAGGCACCUCGCCCCUGCUGGCUGUGUCACGCGCGGCAGAGGUCAUUGUCACUCUUCUGACAGGCACCUCGCCCCUGCUGGCUGUGUCACGCGCGGCAGAGGUCACAGUCACUCUUCUGACAGGCGCCUCGCCCCUGCUGGCUGUGUCACGCGCGGCAGAGGUCACAGUCACUCUUCUGACAGGCGCCUCGCCCCUGCUGGCUGUGUCACGCGCGGCAGAGGUCACAGUCACUCUUCUGACAGGCACCUCGCCCCUGCUGGCUGUGUCACGCGCGGCAGAGGUCACAGUCACUCUUCUGACAGGCACCUCGCCCCUGCUGGCUGUGUCACGCGCGGCAGAGGUCACAGUCACUCUUCUGACAGGCGCCUCGCCCCUGCUGGCUGUGUCACGCGCGGCAGAGGUCACAGUCACUCUUCUGACAGGCGCCUCGCCCCUGCUGGCUGUGUCACGCGCGGCAGAGGUCACAGUCACUCUUCUGACAGGCACCUCGCCCCUGCUGGCUGUGUCACGCGCGGCAGAGGUCACAGUCACUCUUCUGACAGGCACCUCGCCCCUGCUGGCUGUGUCACGCGCGGCAGAGGUCACAGUCACUCUUCUGGCAGGCGCCUCGCCCUUGCUGGCUGUGUCACGCGCGGCAGAGGUCACAGUCACUCUUCUGACAGGCACCUCGCCCCUGCUGGCUGUGUCACGCGCGGCAGAGGUCACAGUCACUCUUCUGGCAGGCGCCUCGCCCUUGCUGGCUGUGUCACGCGCGGCAGAGGUCAUUGUCACUCUUCUGACAGGCACCUCGCCCCUGCUGGCUGUGUCACGUUACCCGUCGACCCAGUGGGAUGAAGAGUGGACCUAUGACGUGUCGGAGCUGUAG